CUCCGAUCUCGCUUGGUGGGGUUAAGCACAAUUGACCUUGACCGAACGCGGGGCACCAACACUGCAAACAAUUUUGGGGACGUGAUCGUUGACUAUUUACCUUGCUCCCAUUUUACUACCGUGUCUCUCUACUACCAUAUCCUUAGACUCCCUAACGUCCAAAGCUGUAUUUCUGUCAAAAUGGUUUCUCACAACAUUGUGGUGUUUGGCGGUGACCACUGUGGUCCUGAGGUUGUGGCCGAGGCUAUCAAGGUCCUCAAGGCUAUCGAGAGCUACAGCUCGGACUCUGUAAAAUUCAAUCUUCAAGAUCACCUUCUUGGUGGUUGCUCCAUCAAUGCUUCCGGCGUGCCUCUAACAGAUGAAGCUCUUACCGCAGCAAAAAACGCUGAUGCCGUCCUGCUUGGUGCCAUUGGCGGUCCAGAAUGGGGUACUGGUGCCGUGCGCCCAGAACAGGGUCUCCUCAAGCUUCGCAAGGAGAUGGGCACCUUUGGUAACUUGCGCCCCUGCUCGUUUGCUUCCGAGGCCCUCGUAGAAUUCUCGCCCCUCAAGGCCGAAAUCUGCCGCGGAACCGACUUUACCGUCGUUCGCGAACUGACGGGUGGUAUCUACUUUGGUGAUAGAAAGGAAGAUAACGGCGACGGCUAUGCCAUGGACACCGAGCCCUACAGCCGCCCCGAGGUUGAGAGAAUCACACGUUUGGCAGCCAACAUGGCACUGGCUCGCGACCCACCUGCCAAGGUCUGGAGUUUGGACAAGGCCAAUGUGCUGGCAACAUCGAGACUGUGGAGGAAGGUCGUUACUGAAGUCAUGAAGAACGAGUUCCCUCAACUCGAGGUCGAGCACCAGCUUAUCGACAGCGCCGCCAUGUUGAUGGUCAAGAGCCCAAGGGUUCUGAAUGGUGUCAUCGUCACCAGCAACUUGUUUGGUGACAUCAUCAGCGACGAGGCUAGUGUAAUUCCCGGUUCCAUCGGUCUCCUGCCCAGCGCCAGUCUGAGCGGCGUUCCCGAUGGCAAGAGCAAAUGCAACGGAAUUUACGAACCGAUCCACGGCUCUGCACCUGAUAUCUCAGGCAAAGGCAUUGUUAAUCCCAUUGGUACAAUUCUGUCGGUUGCCAUGAUGUGCAGGUACUCCCUGAGACUACCCAAGGAGGCCAACGCCAUCGAGGAGGCUGUACGCAGGGUCAUCGAUGGUGGUGUACGGACCAAGGACCUGGGUGGCUCAACCGGCACCAAGGAAGUCGGCGACAAGAUCGUUGAGGAGUUAGUCAAGGUUCUCAAGGGCUAGAUGCUAGCAGAAGUGUAUUGAUGAUACAUGAUUGAUUUCGACGAGAACAAUACAAAGGUGUAUAGCGUUGCAUCUUUUGGCGUAUUUGUAUACUCGGAAAUGGGAUAUUGACGAUGUCUAUGGUAGAACAAAAAGCGCAGAGAAUUAAGGAAAUUACUAUCAGGGCCAGGCC